UGAACGUGCAUAUCCUCCAAUAAAUGAGUAAUUAACCCUAAUUCACCUUAACACGAUUUCCCAUGGGGUAGUUUAUUUGAUUUUUUUGCAAGAUAUGGGAAUUCCUAAUUUUAGAAUUUAAAAAGCAGCGCGGAAAUGACAGAACUACCUUAAUACAUAGGCAUGUGUUUGCGUACGUACUACUGCGUAAUUGUGUCACGCCAAAAAGAGAAAACAGUUUUAAUAUUUAUAUCUAAGAACCCAAAGGAGUAUCGCAGGUUGAGACACGGCUGAUUGCCUACUUUUAUCAUUCGCUUGUUCGUUUAUAUGUCAACAAAGCAUAUGUUCUGGAGUCAUGGUCGGCUGUGAAUAAUUCUACACGUAAGACUAAAUCUACUUUCAAAUGGAGCGUGUUCUAAAAACAGUGCCAGUGGAUUUAAGAGUAAAAAUGGAGGCUCUCGUACAUGAUUUAACAUUGGCACUUGAGGAAAGUAGUAACAGUGCAAAUGUAAGACGUAGAUGGGGGAUUAGAAGGCGAGCUCGUUCCACGGGAAAUAUUCGUAAGUGUAAGGGCGAUUUCAAUCUUAUGAAAACCUCGAUAAGUGCCAAUAAACAUUCGGACGACAGUUCAUCUUCCGUUUGUGAUUUAAGGAUAUCUAAAAAUGCUUCCUCUUCUAAAUAUCAGUCCGACAGCGAUGAUACAAAUCACACAAAACGAUUCGCUCGCUUUUCUAAUUUGAAUAAUGCCAGCAACUUUGAGAGCGAUUCUGUAAAUGAAAAUUUCAUGCCAAGAACCAAUACCAGGCGCAAAAGGAAGUUUAAGAGAAUGGCUAUUGACUCUGAUUCGAAUCCGUCAACAUCGCAAGCAGUUACAAUUAUUUCAAGUUCAGUUGGUAAAAAGAAACGAGUGUUUAGAAAUGAUUGCGAAAACAGAUACGGAGCAAUAUGGUGUGGAAAAAGGAAAAGAUCCUGCAGAGAGCGAUCAACUGAUUGCGAAAUGCGUUCUCCGAAACCAUCUCGUGCUUCAAAAUCGAAGAAUAGGGAAAAAGUUCGAGGUGAGGAUGCAAUGGACUGUUCGCGUGUAUCUAGUUCCAGUAUUUCUUCUAGCGAUUCGGAAGCAGGAAUCGUGACCAACGAUGAAGAUCGUGAAGGCGAUGAUGAGCAAUCCGACUGGAUCGGAGAAUCAAGUUGGUGGGAUGAUACGGAAAGUAUUAGCGAAGAUAAAGUAGCAACAGAUCCUACUUUCCAAGCAAUUCUUCACGGAAGUUUCGAGCAUCUAAGCGACGAAGUCAGAAAAUCAUACAAACAAAGAAUUCAAUGGAUUCGUGAUGGAAUAAAUGGGCGAGAAAUCCGCGCUGGUCGUCGACACGUUGAUAAUAAACCUGGAUACUCAAUAAUAACUUCUGCCAACGAAAAAGUAUCCAGAUUCUUGCAAGAUCCGAAUCAAAGCGAAUUGAAAUUGCAUCCAAUGCACCAACCAGAACGCGAAAAACUGCGUCGACUCGCUAAUCUUUACAGUCUGAGUCUCAAAGGCGAUUUAAGCUGUCCAAUUUUGUACAAAACUCGACACACCACCCAGGCUAUCUGCGUUGACCAAGUGUCUCUCAACAGGUUCUCUGAUUACAAGCGACUGAGGAAAACACCGCCGAAUUCUCCCAAUCCGGAUUCCUCGAUGCAGAAUCAAGAUUUACAAAUUUCAGGCCCGAGUUGCAAUUCACAGAUUCCGGCACACAAUAUUGUUGGGUCCAUGCAAAAUUUGACUAAACUUCCGCAAUUUGAGUGGAACUCUCAUAUUGCUGGAGUUGAUGUUCAAGCCAAACCGAGGUUUCACAAUUUUGGGCAUUCAAAGUCUAGUUAGAUUAAUGCAGUUCAUCUGCAAAGCUUUUUUAGGAGAUAUUUUUUUUGGAAAAGUACUUUAAUUUCCAGAUUAGAGGAUUAUAAAGUCAGCAAUUAAUCGUAGGAGAACUAAACGUUAUUUUAGUUUUAAUUCGAAAUUUUUUAAGAACUGAUAGAUUACGUGUUUCUUCAAAUAUUUAUCUUUACAAUAUACUGAACUGUCGUUCACAAGAGAAAAUCUCCAAAUGGGGAGAUUAUUUCAAUAAAUGUUAAAAAUGGGGAAUGUUUAGAUCGUGUCAAAAUUUGGCGAAUAAUUAACUUGUCAGAGAACGUAUUUCUUUCCAAAGGCAACCGAUAUUUUUAUAAAAAAAGUUUAACUUUUCGGGAAAGAUUAUAAAGUGGAAUAGCAUUUCUUGUAUCCAGCGGUCACAACAUUGCACAACAACGAAUUAAACUAGCAUUUGAUGUGCAGUUUGGAUAUAAAAUUUUUUCAUGAUGAAAAAAUGAUUGCUGAUUGAUGAACAGCUUUUUCAAACUGCAAUAGUGUGAACCUAACGUUGAGAAUAGGUUACCCAAUGAAUUGAGUUAAAGAUAAAUUAUAUAUAUAUUUAAAUAACUCUUUCCAAAAAUUUAAUGAAUUCGUGAAGACUGUAGAAAAGUAAUUAACUACAUAGUUUAUAAAACUGAGUGUUCAAUUAUAUAAAAAGGGUCUGUAAAGUAGACAAACCUUUAUUGGUAUAUUAUUUCAAUAAUAUAUUGUCGUUUUGGAACAUUGCUCUAUU